AUGGCCCUCCGCCCCUCUUCCACGCUGCUGGGACGUGCGCUGCUGCCAUCGCCCUUCUGUCACCAGCCGGUGGCGGUCCCGGUUGUGCCGUCGCUGCGGCACCUUUUGCAGGAGGCGCAGCCGCACGGCGAGGGCAGCCGCGAGGAGGUGGUGGCGGCGCUGCUGGAAAAGCUCCCCGCCCACUGUGAUAGGGUGAAGAAGGAGAUGCUGCACGCAGGCUACGCGAGUAGGUACUACCGCAGUCGCUACGGAAGAGGGCUGGAGACGCGGCGAAAACAACUGCAACAACUGCUGGCGAUGUCAGACGAUGAGGUCCGGCUUUGGGCCCAAAGCCGCUGUGUUCCCGUGCGAGACCCACUGGCGCCGCAAUGA